AUGGGAGAUUUGUGUGUCGAACCCAAGGCUUUAUGUUUGGCAAAUUGCAAUGGUCUUGAAUUAAAAGGACUAACUCAUGUAGACAGUCCCAAAUGUCAUAUAUCAAUUAGUGGUUGUAAUAAUUCAAUUAUCUCUAAUCUUCAUAUUUUGGCUCCUGAAAACAGCCCCAAUACUGAUGGUAUUGAUAUUGUUUCUUCAUCUCAUCUUCAUAUAAGUGAUUCCAUUAUCCAAACAGGUGAUGAUUGUAUAGCAAUAGGAUCAGAGACAUCAUGGAUUAACAUAACCGGGAUCACUUGUGGACCAGGCCACGGUAUAAGCAUUGGAAGUUUGGGAAAGGACGGCGAAAUUGCUAGAGUAGAAGAAAUUCAUGUAAGAAAUUGCACUUUUAAUGGAAGUUUAAACGGCGCGAGAAUCAAGACAUGGCAGGGAGGAAAGGGUUAUGCAAGAAACAUAAUAUUUGAAGAAAUCCCUUUGAUAGAGGUUGGAAACCCGAUAAUAAUUGACCAAUAUUACUGCAAUGGAGAUCAUACAAAAUGUGCAACGUCAGCAGAGAAAUCGGCUGUGGCGGUAACGGGUGUAAGCUAUAGAGGAUUUCAUGGAACAUCAACAACAGCGGCAGCAAUAAGUUUAAAUUGCAGCAACACAGUUGCUUGCACAGGAAUCGUGAUGGAGUCCAUCGAUAUUAAAUCUUCAAAUGGUUCAAAUGAUACUUUUGCCUUUUGCAUUAAUGCUCAUGGAAAACAAUCAGGUGUUUCACCUCAAGUUCCUUGCCUAACUCCAUGA